AUGUCAGUCACUCUUCAUACCACACAUGGUGAUCUCAAGGUCGAGCUCUUUUGCGAGGCCGUGCCUCAGACAGCCGAAAACUUUCUCGCUCUCUGCGCUUGCGGCGCAUACAACAAUACCCCCUUCCACCGUAUCUUCCCCGGCUUCAUGAUUCAGGGCGGCGAUAUUUCGCUCGGACCAGCACCAGGAACAUUGAAUACACUAAAACCUAUGCUACCUGUCAACGAAAUUCCCAAGGGCGGCACCUCAAUCUACCAUCCUCGUGCACUAAAUCAGGAGAUUCACCUACCAGCCCUCCGCCAUAAUACGCGCGGAAUUUUGUCAAUGGCGUCAAGACCAGUUAAAGACCGGACGGCACCGGGGUCACAAGGUGCGACGGGUGCGACGGUCAAUGGUAGUCAGUUCUUCAUUACCUUCGCGCCGGCUCCCCACUUGGACGGGGCGAGUACCGUGUUUGGGAAAGUUCUGAACCUGAGUCCGCAGGAUGAGGGAGGCGACGUCCUGAGCAAAAUAGAGAAGGCGAAUCUAAAGGUGGACAAGAAGGGGAGAGUGACUCAGCCGAAAGAAGGGGAGGAGGGGGAAUACGAAGCGAUUGGUAUCAACAACGUGACGAUCCACGCCAACCCGUUUGCGAAGUGA